ACAGUAACAACAACAACAGUAACAACAACAACAACAACAACAACAACGUCGUCGGUUGGCGCAUUUGCAUAAAUAUGUGAGGCUGUCAGUACCCCCACCCCUUUGUCAUCGUUACCCCCGAUUGCCUUUUUACGCUCUACUCUUUAUCAAGUGUCGAAAAACAUCAACAACAACAACAAAAUAAUAAUAAUAAAAGUAGAAGCAGCAAAAGAGAGAUAAAAAAGCGCAAAUUGUGCAAAAUUAUUCAAAUUGUGUAUUGGUGUUGCGUGUGCGUAUGUGUGCGUGUGCAUUUUUGUGUGUUUGUUUGUGUGAACACAAUGCCGCUUAGAUCAGAGCAAAAACAACAACAUUGAGCUGAGCUCGUUCUGUCUCUCUCACUCUCUCUCUCACACUCAAUCUUUCACUCGAUAUUGCAAACGUCCAGCAGCUAAGAAAGAAAAUAUCAAAACACAACUGCACAAAAUGUCAACUUCAACAAUAACAACAACAACAUCGGCAGUAGCAGCAGCAGAGACAGCGACGCCCCCGCCGACUGCGAGCGUCGGACGCACCGCGGACUGUCGUAAAUUCUCACCAAAUAUAUUCAACAAGAGCAAAUGCAGCCACUGUUUUCGUCAAAGAGAGGAGCACAGCGCCGCUGCCUUGGAAUGCAAUAGGGCAUCCCGUAAGGUCUCCAAAUGUGGCUAUUUAUUUGUGGCGCCGGAUUGGGAUUUCAGCAAUCCAUUGUAUAGAACUAAGCGUUGGCAAAGACGAUGGUUUGUGCUCUAUGACGAUGGAGAGUUUACUUACUCUGUGGAUGAUUAUCCCGAGACUGUGCCACAGGCCAGCAUUGAUAUGACCAAAGUGCUCGAUGUGAGCAGCGCCGAGGAGGUGACCGGUCAUACAAACUCCAUUGCCAUAACUGCGCCAGAGCGCGUCACUUUUGUGAAGGGUAUCAGCUCAGAGGAGUCGCAAUGGUGGCUCAAUAUAUUGACAGCCUUCCCGAAGUCGAAGGGUCGUCACAAGCGCAGUACCACGCUGUCAGGUGGGCAAAUCAGCUGUCUACGUCAAUCCUCGAAUGUGGAAUUGGCCGUCAAGUUGGGAAAUCGCCAUAGCUCCUAUCACAAGGAUACGCUAACGUCCUCGCACUCAGCGACCAAUUUGAUUGGUAAUCUUGAUAGUCCCAGCUCAACGAACACUGUCACCGCACCAGCGAAUGAUGACGAGGACGAUGGCGUUGAAACUGGCGAGGAUGAGGAAGAUGAUGAGGAUGAGGAUGAGGAGCAACAAGUGUCAACGUCACGAAAGGCCAAAGUUACAUCUUCAUCCAGCAGUCUAGGCGGACAGGAUGAGAACAAUCGUAAUGCCGGCAAUGAAAUUACAAAUCGAGUUUCGCAACCAACGGGCUGUCUGCUUAUUGAGGACAUGCGGCGGGAUGAGAAGUCCAUCAAGGAUAUUGCCAAUACGAUAACAAACCUAAGUCAACAGCAGGGCAAACGCUGGUCCACAAUGGCUGUCAACAAUGCGCUGAAUAAUCAGCAUCAUUAUCAAUACCAGACAUCGCGUGAUGAGACCGAUUUCCAGGUGACGUCCUCGGGCAAGUCCCACAGCGAUCCACAGACGGUUGUCAAUUUGAGACCAAAGUCAUUACCACUGGCGGCCAACUCGACGCCGGCGAUUGUGUCCGCAAUAGUCAAGAAAAUACCCACGGUGCUGGUCUCCCAACAACAACAACAACUGCAACAGCAACAGCAACAAGAGUCCAAGCAACAGGGGGACAACGUGAAGAGUAACAAAUCUGCGGGUCGAUUGCAAUUGCAACUGCAACUGAAGCCGGCGAAGCAUUAUCAACACGAACGUGGCGAUCCCGAUGGAGGCUGCAAUCUGGAUGAGCUGUGUGCCAACUACAUGUCCAAAUCGGAUGAGCUGAGAUCGGUCGGCAAGUCGAGCAAGAACAGCGUGUCCAGCAAACCAUCGAGCAAGAGUAUCGAGGAAUCGCUAAAUGCCAAAAAGGGUUGGUUAAUGAAACUGGACAAUCGGACGGGCGAGUGGAGCAAACAUUGGUUCACCUUGAGUGGAGCGGCACUUUUCUACUAUCGAGAUCCAUUGUGUGAGGAACGUGGCGUACUCGACGGUGUCCUUGAUGUCAACAGUCUGUCGAAUGUCGUGGAGGAGCCGAGUGCGACUAAACAGCAUGCUUUCCAGCUCAUCACGUGGGACAAGCAACGUCUCUUUUUGGCCAGUCUCUCGCCCAGCUCAAGGAACAGUUGGUUGGCUGUGCUGCGAAGUGCGGCAGGGUUGCCACAACAACUGGAGGCAACUACAACGACGACGUCAAUAAGUGCAACGAUAGCGACAACGACAACAGGAACGCCAUCAUCCCUGAUUAAGUCAAGCGACAUUGAGCAGGACUUUAUAAAGGCGCAACUGCAACCACAAUUGUCACAUCCACUUAGCUCAAGUCCGGCCACGCCUGGCACUCCAGCGAAUGGUCCACACUUCUCCUCGGACGAGGAGUAUCGCACCGCCUCAGAGGGCGGUCGUAGGGACAGUCUCGACUGGGGUUCGCCGUUGUCUCCCUCUCCGCCUGUUCUGCGGAGUUGCCUGCGCAAUAGGAGCCUGGCCAGUCUCCAUAAGCGCAGUCGCAGCUCCCCGCCCAGCUCUCGACGCAGUACAGUCGAUAGUGUGGCCAGCGAUGAGCUGCCUCUAAUGGCCGUACCGGAGGAGACUCGUCCAGAUCGUGAGCUGAAGCAACAAUGCGAAACCCUGCGAACCGAGGCCAAGCUAAGGGAGGCACGCAUGUCCGAGCUUCUUACCACGCUCCAGCGGACGGAGCAGGAACUGACGGCCCGACUGCAGGAGCAACAGCAACAACUGAAUGGAGAACUGACGAGUGCCAAGCAAAGUGCCGCAGAACUGGUCCACAGCUUGAGUCUGCAACUGACGGAGAGUCAGUGCAAGAUUAAGCAGCUGGAGGAUCGCUUGGCGCAAGGCAUUGAGGAGAACGAGAGCUUGUACAAGAGAUUGCGUGACUUUCAGGCGGAUAAUAGUCAGGUGGUGAGCAGCUUGAGCAAUCUGCAACGUCACAAGAUGAAGCGCAUGGACUCGCUGAGUGAUCUGACCACGAUCAGUGACAUUGAUCCCUACUGCCUGCAGCGGGAUUCGCUGGCUGAGGAGUACAACGAGCUGCGCAGUCGCUUCGAGAAGGCGGUUAAUGAAAUUCGAGCCAUGAAGCGAGAACUCAAGCAAUCCCAGAAUCAAUAUGAUGCCCUCGAACUCAUUCAGACAGCAUUGCAGCAGAAGCUGGAACGCUGCCAGAUGGAGGACGGUGCCCAGCUGCAGUUGAUGGCAGCACGAAUUCAGGAUCUGACCAUCAAGUACAGCACCUCGGAGCGACAGGUGCGAGCGCUGAAACAGAAACUGGCCAAGUCCGAACGCAGGCGAUCCCUCUCCCUGAAGGGCAAGGAGCAGCUGGAGCUCAAGUUGAGCGAGUUGCAAAGGGAAACGAAAGUGGAACGAAAGGCCGGAGAUUGCAGCACGGCGAGCACUACGGAAUCCAGCAGUGAUUCCAGCAGUCAGUCGUCUCCUUUAAAUGCUCAUCUCUUGCAGCGUCUGCACAGCCUGGAGCAUGUGCUCCUCAGCACCAAGGAGCGUCUGGAGCAGAGUCUCAAUCAGCUGCAACAGCUGCGGGCAAAUCAACGUAGUCGUCGCUCUGUAUCCCCUCUCAAUGAGCGCAAGGAUGGCCUCCGGCAACUGGAGCGUGCUUUGGCCGAGACCUGUGUCCUGGUCAGCGAGCAGAUGGAACUCUCCUGCCUGCAGGAAGCCUGUCACAAGUGUUGCGAACUGCGUCAGCGUGUGGAGAAGCUAACGGCACUUCAACAGCAGACGGAGACGGAUCUGCAGCGAAGUGAGCAGCUGCUGGAACAGCGCGAGAGCGAACUGGCAGUCGUCCUGGAGAAGUGCGCCACACAGGAGCAGGAGCAGCAACUGUUGUUGCAACAGCGCAACAAGCUUAGCGACGAGUUGGGCAGACAACAGGAGCGUUGCAAGCGACUGGAGAAGCGUCUCGAUCUCCUGGAGCGGGAACAUGGAAAGCAGCUCGAGUGCCUCCGGGAGGUCUAUCGCCAUGAGCACGCCAAUGUCGCCGAUGAGCAGAGUUUCCGCAAGCGUUACCAAACGGAGAUCGAACAGCUGAGGACACUCUGCGAGAAGGGUCUUAGCGCCAUGGAGUCAUCGCAUCGCCGCCUUAUCUGUGACAUGGAGGAGAAGCAUAAGCUAGAAAUUGAGCGACUGCUGGCGGAGAAGGAAACAGCGCUAGCCGAGGAGACUCAGGCAACACUGGCCGCACUGGACGCCAUGCGAAAGGCGCAUCAGAGUGAGGUGCAACGGGAGGUGGCACGCUUCAAGGCCGAGUUUCUGCUUCAGGUGCAGCGGGGUGAACACAUGCGGGGAGAUGGCGUCAAGCUGAAGGAAGAGGAGCUCGAUGAGUUACGUCUGGAGAUUUUGUCCUUUUCCGAGAAAUAUUCCAUCAAAUGUGUGGAAAAUGCUGCCCUCGAGGAGAAACUGCAUAUGGCCAAUGGCAAAUUGAGGCACUUUCAGCAAAUGCAACAGCUGGAACUCAGAAAUCAACAAUUUCGUGCCCAUCUGGCCUCUGAUGAUCCUGGGAGCGAUGUUCAUUUCGUCCAAGGUCUGACAACGGGCUGCAAGGAGGAUGCUUCCUGUGAAGAUAGCGAGCCUGUUCAAAGUGCACCAAAAAUAAUGGUUGAAACAAACACAGCAACAAGAUCAACUCUAGAGUCAGACACAAAGCUCGUUGAGACGGCAUCGAGAGCGACCGAUAAAUUGGAACAGAACCUGUUUGUGAUACCCUCCCAUAAGCAGAAUCGUUGCCAAGUGUCUGCCGCAAACAUUUAUGAUAGUGGCAACAAUAUCGGUAACAUCGAUCAGGUCGAUAGCAACGAUUGCGUCGAUAACAGCGAUGAGCUCGCCUAUGAGCCGUGCUACAAACCCAGCGAUAUAUUUGCCAUAUAUCAGAAUCGUUUAUGUUUCCAAGGUAUGAAAAGCAGCUCGACGUUUGGAAAGAAUUUGCGAAAAUCCACUGCAAGAACAUCACCAGCAUCAUCAUCAUCAUCAUCAUCACCAGCAUCAUCGUCUUCAUCAUCAUCAACAACUACAGCAUUGACAGCUGUAGCAACAAUAAAGAUGCCCGAUCCGAAGGGACCCAGUCACAAACGAAUCUAUCAAACGGACGCCGUUAUUAACAUUCAACAACAGCACAACCCCGACAAUGCAAUACAACAAGAAAAAGCACAAUGAACAAUGAGAAUGAAAACGAAAACGAAAUAAUGGAAAAUCAAUUGAAAAUAAUAACCAAGAACAACAGAACCAGUGGAACAACCAAAGAAUAAUUAGUGCUAAUAAUAAAUAAAUAAAUUAUUAUAAAUAUUUAACAUAUAAUGAACUAAACCAAAUGCAAAAAUCAAACGGAAAUACUUACAUGUAAAUAUGCGAAGAUCAUUUUCUAAACUGGUUAAAAAAAAAAGAUGAUGUUGGUGAUGUUGGCAGUAACAGCAGCAGCAGCAGCAGCAGCAGCAGCAGCUUGUCCAAGCUUCUAGGAAUGAUAGAGAGCAAGAGAUUGAGUUAUACACUAACAACGACUGUUCACCCCCUUCCAAUGCAUACUGGAAGGGACGUCGAGCAAUGGAAAGACUAACUACAACAACAACAACAACAACAACAGCAGCAGCAACAAUACAACUCACAAUAAAAUCAACAGCAACACGCGUAUCAAUUAUUGGCACAAAAUGGAUUAUCAUUUUGGCAUAAAUAAAAAGCAAACAAUU